CUCCCCGCACAGCCCGGGCACCCGGGCGGGGCUUGAGCUCCCCUCGCCUCGCCAUGGCGCCGGCAAGAAGCCCUCAGUCCCUUCAGGGCUUCCACCGGGCUCCUCGCUGAGCUUCGCCCUCGGCUACCUGGCCUCGGGGCGCGGCGCGGCUCGACACACCCCCGCGGGCGGAGCUCGCCGCAUCCUCGGGGAUCGCCGGGAAAGCCGUACAGCUGCACCAGCAAAUAUGCUCCCUGCAGAGACAUUCCCAGCACAGCCAAGUGUGGGAGACCCUGACGUUGUUGCUUUGAGGCUGAAGACAGUCCCAUCUCUGCUGCUUGGUGCUGUUGGGAAACACUCUUUACUUGCUUACAUAGAGAACUAAGAGAAGGCUAUAGGGAUUUCAUGAGAAGGUAGAUACUUCAACAUGAAUUGGUAAAUGUAAUGUAAAAUAUUAUCUGAAAUGGGAUUUGAGAAAAGCUAAUGGAAAGGCUUUAAUUGAUUCCCCAAGAUGUUUGCAAAAGCAACAAAGAAUUUUGUGAGAGAAACUGACAGCGGAGGUGACCUGAUCCCUGUCUCCCACCUGAACGCCUCAGACAAACUGCAGCUUCUGAGCUUAGUCACAAAGAGGAGGAAAUUCUGGUGCUGGCAGAAGCCAAAGUAUCAUUUCUUGACAGUCACCCUGAGUGAUGUGCUCACUGAAGACAAACCGAUAAAACCAGUAAUUGUGGAGUCUGACUUUGCAAAAUACAUGGGGAAGUUUGAAGAUUUUGUUCAAGGAAGUAUUGGAACUUCAUUUGGAAACAUCAGCCUGGGAGCUGGAGGGAAGAGCUAUGUGGAAAACCAGUCCUCGUUUGGAAACCUGAGGAAGCAGGAGAUUGACUUGCAGCAGCUUAUGAAAGACGUCAAGGACAGAACAAUAAAUCUAAACAGUCGUUUACUGCAGCAAGUAAUAGAAAGAAAACAUGAAGUGCUGUGCAUCUUGAAAGAAAAGAUAAUAACGACUCAGAAGUGUACGAUAUCUGAACAUAUCCAGAUAGAAGAAAAAAUCAGCGGCGUGAUUGGAUGCGGUAGAAAAACAGUAAAGGUAUCAGUGAGUGAAAAUGGAAGCAUGAUGAAGGAUUCUAGUGUGAUCCUUGAAAUUCCUCCUGCAACCACUAUCGCCUACGGUGUAAUUGAACUGUUUAUAAAGCACAAUGGCCAGUUUGAAUUCUGCCUGCUAGAUGAACAGCAAGGAGGUUUUGAAAAAGAAAGCAGUGAAGACUCGAGUUAUCCCCAUUCAACACUAUUCAGGGAUGCUUCCUUUCUCUAUCAGCCAGAUGCUGUUGAUAAUGAGAUGUACUCUGGGGCUGAAAACCCCCUUCCCAGCGGUGCUUCUUUAAGUGUAUUGAAACAAGAUCUGUCACGGUUGAAGACUCAGUUCCAGCCCUUUGUGAAGCUGCCAGAAGACAAGCAAAGAGCUUUAUAUAAAACCCUCUGUGAACUCUUGCUCCAUGAAGAAAUGGUCACUGCCCUGGAGGACGUGUUAGAUGAUAUCUGCACAGGAGACAAGCCAGAUCUGGAGGAGUUAAAACCCGCGCAACAGCGAGACCUCAUUGACUUCUUGCAGCUCUUAGGAUGCAGUUCACAGAGCGAGCUGUUGUUGCAGAAAUGUCACCCUCAGGAUGAAGAGCUCUUCUCAGCUGCUCACCUCCUCAUCGGAGCUAUCUCGGAGCUGUCUGAUUACACUCUUGUCCUGCUGCGUGCCUGCUGUGAUCUUCAGGUUGUUCCGGCGUUGUGUUGUUUGCCUAAGGUCGCUUCAGCCGAUGGCAGCGUGGCCCUGAGCAGUCCUUUGGUGGCACCUCUCGCUGACAGAGGAAGAUUUGAUGUCGUGCAAAAGCUGUUUGCCUCGUCAAGCAUUAAUUUGGAACUGACGGAGUCUUCUGUAAAAGCUGUAACUAUGAACGAGCCGAGGUUCUUCCCCCUUGUUCUGUAUGUUGCAUUGUAUGGAUUUCACGCUUUGGGUGGGAACGUAUAGGAUCUUUGUCGAGCACCCGACUGCACCCCGUUACCUCACGUACCAGCACCCCGUUACCUCGCGUACCGGCUCCCCAAGGCCAGCACCUUUGGGUGCUCCCAGGAACGGUACCAAUCGCUGUAUUUCCAGAGACACGUAGGAGGGAACCCACACAACAGUCGUCUACAUCAAGAGACACCAAGACUUUGUGAAACAUCAAGAAUGCAUCAACUUUAA